AUGGAUGACUCAUAUUUAGACGUAGCAGCCGGCUAUGUCGACGAGUGUAAAAUAACACAAAAGAAUUAUCAUUCGUUCACCCCAUAUUCAAACAUGUCUUUUUCUAAUAACGAUGAAAUUAGGAUAAGUGUUUUAAACAUGGAUUCUUACACUUUUCCGUGUGAGAGUUAUCUGUACAUCGAGGAAAAAAUAAAUAAACCUACUGAUGCUGUUGGAGACGUUAGUUUUUCGAAUAAUGGAUUGGCGUUUUUAUUCUCCGAAAUGCGAUACGAGAUAAACGGAGUAGAAGUACAGAAAAUAAAAUCACCCGGAAUUUCGUCUUGUUUGAAAGGUUACUGUUCAUAUACUCCAAACGACUUGAACGCGCUGGAAAAUGCGGCUUGGGGGUCGUCGUUGGGUAGUAACGAUAAUAAUAAAAAUUUCAUGGCCAACAAUGUGUUUACCGGCUGCGUUCCACUGAAACAUCUAUUUGGAUUUUUUGAAGAUUACAAAAAAAUAUUACUUAAUUGUAAUCAACAAUUGAUUUUGAAUCGCUCGUCAACCGAUUUCGACACAUUACACGUUACUGAUAACUCUGAGAAAAAUAAAAAAAUUACAGUCGAACUGACUAAGAUAUUAUGGAAGAUGCCUAUUAUCAAAGUUAGUGAUAAAGAAAAGUUAAGACUGUUAAAAAUAUUGGAUUCUCGUAAAACGUUAUCGUGCGCGUUCAGAACCUGGGAUCUCUGCGAAUAUCCAGUGCUACCUAAAAAUACUUCACAUUCGUGGACUAUUUUCAAAAAUCUUACUACGAAAGAGACUACUGCGAGCCGUUACUGUCAAAACAUAUUUAUCAAAACCAUGUACCAAUCGUCGUUGUCGAUCUAUCGCAUCAAAACGACAAUGUGA